AUGAUGGGUGGGAUGUCGGUUGUGGAGUGGUUGCUACUUGGUUCAACCACUCUGGCUUUACUGUUCCAAUCGUUUGCAACAUUUUCUGUUCCUCUCUCGAACGGGGUCACAUUGUCGCAUUUUAAUGGGUAUAAGUUCGGAGUCUUUGGAUGGUGCGACACAACCCACACGCACUGCACACCGCUAAAGCUCGGCUACUCGGCCGAGGAUGGUUUCCUAUUCGCGGGGCAGGACGAGCUCUCGCUGCCAACGCAGGCGAAGUACUCGUUGUCCAAACUGUUGGUGGUGCACCCGCUGGCGCUGUGCUCGAUGGUGGUGCUGUGGCUGAUGGUGGUGCUUUCCCAAUGCUACAAACACUCGGAUCGGCGCCUUACAAUCAUAAUCCUGUGGUCCUUUCUGACCUAUAUGGAAACGCUGCUCUGUUUCCUGGUCGACGUGCUGCUUUUUGUACCAUAUCUUGACUGGCCGGGGUGGCUGAUGCUUGUCAGCGCGGUCCUGGUUGUGUUCAGCUCGUCGAUCGCCUGCUUGAGGCGCCGAACUCUAACGUCGCAGCGGAUCGAGAAGGGGGCGAAGGAAGAUCUGGAACUGUAUCCGCUGUACGGCGGAGCUCUUGGAGCUGGUGUGGUCAGCGACUCGGAAUCGCCGCACAGGCCGUACACGGAAGGGAGUAUUAUUUCGGUGACCUCUCGGGCGUCCUCCAGGCUCUUGCCAUCCGCCAGCGAGCUUGAAACCCCAAGGGAAGAGCUCACCCUCAUGGACCCAAGUAUCAAAUGUCAUAUUGAACGAAGUCCCAUGUCCUGA